AUGGGGGUCUGUGGGUACCUGUUCCUGCCCUGGAAGUGCCUCGUGGUCGUGUCUCUCAGGCUGCUGUUCCUUGUACCCACAGGAGUGCCGGUGCGCAGCGGAGAUGCCACCUUUCCCAAAGCUAUGGACAACGUGACGGUCAGGCAGGGGGAGAGCGCCACCCUCAGGUGUACAAUUGACAACCGAGUCACUCGGGUGGCUUGGCUAAACCGCAGUACCAUCCUCUAUGCUGGAAAUGACAAGUGGUGCCUAGAUCCUCGUGUGGUCCUCCUGAGUAACACCCAGACCCAGUACAGCAUUGAGAUCCAGAAUGUGGAUGUGUAUGACGAGGGCCCUUAUACCUGUUCGGUACAGACAGACAACCACCCUAAGACCUCCAGGGUCCACCUCAUUGUACAAGUAUCUCCCAAAAUUGUAGAGAUUUCUUCAGAUAUCUCCAUUAAUGAAGGGAACAACAUCAGCCUCACUUGCAUAGCCACAGGUAGACCGGAGCCUACAGUAACCUGGAGACAUAUUUCUCCCAAAGCUGUCGGCUUUGUGAGUGAAGAUGAGUACCUGGAAAUUCAGGGCAUCACUCGGGAGCAGUCAGGGGACUACGAGUGCAGUGCUUCCAAUGAUGUGGCGGCACCAGUGGUACGGAGAGUGAAGGUCACCGUGAACUACCCACCAUACAUCUCAGAAGCUAAGGGCACAGGUGUCCCCGUGGGACAGAAGGGGACGCUGCAGUGUGAAGCCUCAGCAGUCCCUUCAGCAGAAUUCCAGUGGUUCAAGGAUGACAAGAGACUGGUUGAAGGAAAGAAGGGAGUCAAAGUGGAAAACAGACCUUUCCUCUCAAAGCUUAUCUUUUUCAACGUCUCUGAACACGACUACGGGAACUACACGUGUGUGGCCUCCAACAAGUUGGGCCAUACCAAUGCCAGCAUCAUGCUAUUUGAACUAAAUGAGCCUACAAGCUCAACUUUAUUGCAAGAAGUGAAAACUACAGCCCUGACCCCUUGGAAAGGCCCGGGUGCUGUCAGUGAGGUGAACAAUGGGACAUCAAGGAGGGCAGGCUGCAUUUGGCUCCUCCCUCUUCUGGUCUUACACCUGCUCCUCAAAUUUUGAUGUGAGUGCCCCUUCCCUGCUGGGGAGAGCUGCUGCCACUGCAUCUCAAUACUACGACAGCAACAAGUCAGAAUCCAAUGACAUUCAGAGAAUCACGGCCAAGGGGACAGAAAUUCGAGGGAGGGGAACAAAGAAUACUGUGGGAGAGGAAAAAAAAUUAAAAAAGGAAAUUUGAAAUUGCCUUGCAGAUAUUUAGGUACCACUGAGUUUUCUUUCUUUUCCCAAAUGGGAAGAAGGCACACCUGGCUUGGACCCACCCACAAGCUGCACUGUGUGACCUCUCUGUUGCCAGGGUGGGCAAGGGCUCAGCCACUCUGCCCACUAAAGUGCCCCACCAUGGAACCUUCUGGAGUCGGCCAUCCCAAAUUCCAUCGGUCCGUAGAGACAAGCACAGAGUGAGAAACAGGGGCCUAGAUGUGCCGCAGAGGGCCCUUUGGUGGGCUGCGCCAUGGUGGCAUGUAUCAUGAAGUGUGAAAUCCGAAGAAAAAAACAAAAAGACAAUGACAAAAAAAAAGAAAGAAAAGGAAACAAGACAGCCUGACAGCACCAUAAUCCCACAAGCGACAGUCACAAAAUAUAUUGUUAAUUUUUUUUUUUUCAUUUUACCACAUGGACAUCACGGAUAAUAAGGGAUUCUGAUUCAUUAUUAAUUUUAUUAAUUAUAUUUUCUGAUGUGAGUCUAGAGCUUAGUGCGUAAGCAAGAGACAAAACUAAAAAUACACAGGAGAGGGGUGAAGAGAAGCGUGUUUAUUAAGCAUUAAAAGCAAAUAGUGUACUUUUUACUAGGUUUACAACUGGUGGGCCCCACACCAGGUACUAACCACCUGGUGAGGAUUUGGCAAAUCCACCAGAAACACAACUGACUUAACAAACACCUCCACCAGCGCUACGGACUCCUCCUCAUUCUGACAUUUCAUGCAGACAGUACUAUGCUGUCUACACACUGCUUAGAAACGGAAGGUUGAUCUGCACUCUAUCUUGGUUUGUUGGCUAUGCUUCUUUUGACGACAUAUAUUAUACAGUAUAUAUAAAUAUAUAUACAUAUAUUUUUUUUGUUAGAGUUCUAGCCAUUUUGUUUCUCAGCAGGGUCCUUUCUCAGACAUUACUGCAUGCUGUAUAUGGCGUUAGCUGUGUGUUGACCUUCUAAAAGAUGAUAGAGUUUACUGGUAAUUGUGUAAUCAGCUCCUUCCUUCUUUUUUUCUUGGGUUAUUUACAUGUCAGAGACAUUUCUAAAGAGCGGAAAGGACAACAGAAACAAUCACUAAUAUCAGGCGCAGCGUCUUUCCAGGUGUGGCUCUCUGAGGCGGAGACCGCCAGCUUGGCUUCUCCAUCACACCUUGGGGCAUUAACGGACGGCAAGCAACCGGACCAACUAAACCAACCGUCAGCAAUCACUUGCUUUAGCCCAUUGUGGGAAUCCCUGAUGCCUUUGUGACUACUGGAGAACUUAAUCCUCUUGGUUUAUUUUAUUUAAUUUUCCACCUUCGUGUGAGUGUGUAUGAAAGAGAAGAAAAAUGCAGUUUUUAGGUAACCAUUUUUUUCCUUCCCCGAAGUCUGGGGACCGGAGAGGCUUCGGGGAGGGGUCCUGGAUGU